ACCACUCUCUCUUGUGCUAUAUUUAUGAUUCUACUCAGAGACCCUUUCACGCUUUCCUAUUCCUCUUUAGAGUACUUUGAAACUCCUUUCAACUCUUUGAUCAGUUCACACUACAAGAUCCAAACACAUAUCAGCUGUCCCUGCUUUUUAAAUUCCCUUCUUCCCACUCUAUUACACUGUUGUACCAUUUGUACUGAUAUUCCUCAGGAACAGAAAUGGGAGAUGAGGAAAUGGUAGCCAAAGUUGGAGAAAGCCAAACAGAAGAUGCAUCAAGAGUUUUUCCAUGUCUGUUCUGUUCAAGAAAGUUUUACAGUUCUCAAGCUUUAGGAGGGCACCAAAAUGCUCACAAGAGAGAAAGAACAGCUGCAAGGAAGGCCAAGAGGGCUUCUGAGUACUCGUGUGUUUCCUUUCCUUCCCCAAUGCCAACCCCUAUGGUUUUUGCUCCAACCCAUCUAGACCUUUUAAAUCCUUCAGUGUUAAUCACUGCUCACUCAGCAAGACUCCCUUGUCUCCCAAGCCAUCAGAUUUCAGAACAAUUUGGAUCAAAUGGUGCACCUAGAUUUGGCAAUGCUCUGUUUUAUGGGGAAAGUAGGUUUCAUGAUGAUGGGAAGAGCUGCAACUACGACUGGGGGGACACAUCUCAACAUAUACCACAGAUAAGUAGCAAUCAAAAUCUUGGAAAUAAUGGUACAGAGAAAGAUCAAAAGCUUGAUUUAUCUCUCCAUUUGUAGACUAUGUAUAGACUGGAAAUGAGAUGCAUUUUUCUGAGAGCUAGGGAAUUGCGGGACUAGUUUUUUUCGGCCAACUGUUAGUGUUAGUCUUGGUAUUGAAUAAUGGUUUCCAUUUUUCGGAUUAAUAUUUGUA